AUGUAUGCCAGGUAUGCUAGUCACAAGAUCUUCCUGAGAGCUACGGCUCACUACGGAGCCUUAUUGACACCUGGUACCUAUCUAGAGGAUAGCAACACCUCGCGGACGCUAGGUUCCUGCCUGAAGUCCUUGUGUUCAAAAGGAACUUUUGAGUGUCAGAGAAUUCUGGAAUGCAUAGAUGAGGACCGGAAGUGCGAUGGAGAACCGGACUGCCAGGACAAAACGGAUGAAAAAUACUGUGAUAAAGCACAGGACAGCUACUGGAAUAAUAAAUAUCGAAAACGAGACGACGCUGAUUUUGACAAGCUGAACAUAUCAUGCGUGUUUAAAACAGUACCUGCGGGUUGUAUUUGUAAGGGGAUGACUAUGAUGUUUUGCAGUGGAAGUCAUUUAACUCACAUUCCACCUGAAAUUCCAGACAAAAUUACAUUGCUAGAUUUGAGCAACAACGCAAUUGAAGUGUUAUCAGAUUACGACAUCGACUUUUUCUUUCUAACUCAACUAAACGUCCAACAUAACAAGCUGACAACGAUCGAGAAUGCUACAUUUGAUAGUUAUCCAAACCUUAAAAAACUAAAUUUGAACUCUAACAGCAUUGCGCUGAUAAAGGAAAACGCCUUUCCCGAGCUCAACCACAUAGAGGAACUAAAGAUAGAAAACAAUCUUCUUACUAUCUUAAAUCAGCAAAUGUUUUCAAACCUGAAGCGAACGAAACGUUUGUAUCUUGGCUUCAAUAAGAUUAGACAUAUAGACACAGACGCAUUUAAAGAUCUGUCUGAGUUAGAAGUAUUGUCUCUUAUGUCAAAUAGACUAACAUCAAUCAAAGAGCACUUCUUUCACCAUUUAAAAAAUCUAAUGAUUUUAUACAUCGAUGAUAAUGGAUUAUUUAAAAUAGAGGACCAUGCGUUUGCCCCGCUUUCGUCUCUACAUACCUUAGGACUGUCUAAAAAUAAGAUAAUUUCCAUUUCCCCCAAUGUUUUCCAGGGAUUGAAGAAUCUAACCCAUUUAAAUUUGAUGUACAACAGCAUCGUGACCGUGUCGCCGACUGCUAUGGUACAUUUGACUAGCCUGAUAUCGCUAGAUCUGAGGAAUAAUGCCUUUAAAAGCCUUCACAAAGAGACUUUAAGAGGUCUACAAGAACUCCGUUUUGUGUAUUUUGACGAGUUUUACAUGUGUUCCUAUGUACCAAGCCACGUACAUUGUCAACCAUUUGGUGAUGGAAUAUCAAGUAGAUACAACUUGCUGGAGAACGGAUUUCUUCGCAUUAUGGUGUGGCUCGUCGCCAUCUGUGCAUGUUUUGGUAACCUUUUGGUCCUGCUGGGUAGAAGCUUGUUACGUGAAGACAACCAGGUGCAUUCUUUUUACAUAAAAAAUCUAUCUUUCGCCGACAUGAUAAUGGGGAUUUACUUGAUCAUUAUUGGGUAUCAUGAUCAGAAAUUCAGAGGAAAUUACCUGAUUGAGGAUGAAGGAUGGCGUUCUAGUGUUACAUGCGACACAUGUGGUAUUCUCAGUACACUUAGUAAUGAGGCAUCUGUGUUGACUUUGACCUUGAUAACCCUUGACCGUUAUAUAAGCAUAACUCUGCCUUUAUUCCGUAGACGGAAGAGCUUUAAAUUCGCUCUAAUAAACGUUUGUACAAUUUGGAUUAUCUCGCUUUCCUUGUCAGUUAUUCCUGUGUUUAUCCCGGAAUUCUUUGGAAACUAUUUCUACAAGGAUAAUGCAGUGUGUGUUCCUUUUCAUCUCCACAGACCCUGGGCUAAAGGCUGGCAGUACUCAGUGUUUUUAUUUCUUGGACUGAAUAUGGCAGCAUUCACUUUCAUUUGCUUUGCCUAUGUCACUAUGUUCAUAGCAAUAAAGCGAUCUACAAAGACGGUGCGUUCUCAAUUUGAGAAGAAAGAAAGGACUCUCAUGAAACGUUUCUUUUUUAUAAUAUUGACCGACUUUCUGUGUUGGAUGCCAAUCAUCAUUAUAAAAUUCAUAGCCAUUUCAGGAUACGAAAUUAAUCAGGAUACCUAUGCUUGGUUGAUCAUUUUCGUAAUGCCUAUAAAUAGCGCCAUCAAUCCUCUUCUUUAUACUCUAACAACGAAACUAUUUAAAGAAAAAGUUAUGCCGAAAUUGUGUUGUGGAUUUAAGAUCGUCCGCCAGGAACCCAUCCUUAAAGAGACUUCCUCCUCUUCUUCCUCGGGCAGUGGACGGAGGAACCGAGGUUCAGUAAAGAGUUCGUUAGAAAAAGACCUUUGUGAGGUCGGGGCCAACACAUUACGUGUCAGCACACGAAAACACAAGGGGAAAUUUGAUUCGACAAGUAAUGUAGAUCCAAGCCGCAGUGGUAACUACCUCAGAUUCAAGACAAGGAACGGGCUAGGAAAUACCUAUAAUGGCGGUUCUGGUGGAGUUUGUGUCAAAGAAACUAUGUACAUUCCACGUAACGAAUCAACCGCGAUAUAAAACACCCGUAAGUCAUCGACAGAAAUGUAAAGGAAACUUGUGCACAUGACAUUAAAAAAGCAACUGGCAUAAAACAGAAAUCGUGUACAUCCCGCAUAGAGAAUCUGCUACGGUUUAAAGAAACAAGGUACAUUCCAUACAGGCAACCUGAUACGGUAUAAAGAAAGUUGAAAAAAACACGUACAUUCCAUAUAGACAAUCUGCUGUAGUAUAACGAAAUCAUGUACAUUCCAAAUACACAACCUGCUAUAGUAUAACGAAACCAUGUACAUUCCAAAUAGACAAAAUGAUACAGCGUAAAAAAGCAUGUACAUUCCACAUACGCAACCUGUUGUAAAGAAGUAAUGUACAUUCCAAAAAGAAGCAGUUCCAGUGUAACAACCCGUGUACAUUCAAAAUAAAUAACCUACUACAGUGUAAAACAAAAACAUGUACAUUUCACAUAGAGUGAAAACGACUAUGUACAUUCCAGAUUGAAAUUCAGCUACAGUGAAAAGCAAAACCAUGUACAUUUCACAUAGUGUGAAAACGACUAUGUACAUUCCAGAUAGAAAUUCAGCUGAAAUGUAAAACAAAACCAUGUAUAUUUCACAUGGAGUGAAAGCGACGACAGUAUGUAUAUUCCAGGCAGACAGAGAUUGAGAAUCAACUGCUAUGUAAAUGAACCACAUCAAUUCAAAAAACACAAAUCUGCUACUUUGGUAGUAUCAUGCUCAUUUUCCUUGAUCAGAAGAAAUGAAAUUUUUGAUUAUCAUGUUUUUCGUGUAUUUAGCAUUUUAACAUCGGUAUUAGUAAUGCUAUUAUAACAUAAGUUUAGAAAAAAAUAUCCAUCAUGAAUAUCGUUGUAUUAUAUUCUGAGGUACUACAAUAAAUGUUAUAUAUUUUCCAUUAAAAUGAAAUAUUAG